AAGUACUAUUUUCACAGAUACAUGUUCACAUGGGAGCCAAAGAAAAAAUGGCCGACUACGAAAAAUUCAUUACCGGUUGUUUUCCUUCAAUUGACCCAGAAAUUGUCAGUUAUGUCAGUGGAAUGCUUGAAGACUCAGAUGUUGUGGCGACAUCAGAUGAUAUGUUUGAGGCCAUUGGUCCUUUCUUAGAACAAGUAGAUGACAACAAGACAGAGGAAGAUAUUCGUGAAAUAUGUAACAGAUUGUACGCUCUUAUUGGGAAAGAAGAUACGUCCACUGAAGUCAGUAAUGGUCCACACAAGAUUCUUGAUGCACCUGUACAUCUUGGUUCACUGAUAGAGGAUAAGAAAAGUAAGGCAGAGUCGACAGGCAGCAUAUGGGUGUCAAAGAGAGAUAAUACUUUGCAAGUGGACUCAAAACAACUAGCCAAGGCAGAGGCUCAGAUACAGAAGAAACAGAAAAAACAAGCCGAUAAAGAGGGUACAGCAGUCAAGAAACCAAAUGGAGUGUUAGAUGGACCUACAGCUAGUCAACAGUUCAAUAAACGUGACAUGAAGUUUGAUGCUUCUGGUGCUAACAGAUCAUAUGAUAUCAAAAUAGAGAACUUUGAUAUUGCAUUUGGAGACAGAGUAUUGCUAACUGGUGCAUCUUUACAUCUGUCUGAAGGCAGACGGUAUGGUCUCUGUGGUAGAAAUGGUCUCGGUAAAACUACGCUUUUAAAAAUGAUCUCUAGUGGAAAUUUACAGAUCCCGUCACACAUAUCUAUACUACACGUAGAACAAGAGGUAGUGGGUGAUGAGACAAUUGCUUUAGAUAGUGUCCUAGAAAGUGACGAAGAAAGACAUAAAUUACUGACAAGAGAAAAAGAACUGAACCAGAUACUGAAUACAAGUGAACACAAGGGAGACAACUCUUUAUCUACAGAGUUAUCUGAGAUCUAUCAGAAACUGGAAGCAAUAGAGGCAAACAAAGCACCAGCCAAGGCAGCUGUGAUACUGGCAGGUCUUGGGUUCUCUCCUGCCAUGCAGAGGGCCACAACUAAGUCACUGUCAGGAGGUUGGAGGAUGAGGUUGGCACUAGCAAGAGCACUGUUCUCAAAACCAGAUCUUCUUUUACUUGAUGAACCUACAAACAUGUUGGAUAUGAAGGCCAUUAUUUGGUUAGAAAACUAUCUACAGACCUGGGCAACAACAAUAUUAGUGGUAUCUCAUGAUCGGUCAUUCUUGAAUUCAGUGUGUACGGAAAUUGUGCAUUUACAUGAUAAAAGAUUGGACACAUAUAAAGGAAACUAUGAUCAGUUUGAUAAAACUAAAGAAGAACGAUUAAAAAAUCAGAAAAAAGAAUAUGAAGCUCAAAAACAGUACAGAGACCAUAUACAGGUGUUUAUAGAUAGAUUUAGAUAUAAUGCUAAUAGAGCUUCACAAGUACAGAGUAAAUUAAAACUUCUAGAAAAAUUACCACCAUUAGAACCACCUGGUAAAGAAAGUGAAGUGACUUUAAGGUUUCCAGAAUGUGAAAAAUUGUCUUCAAAUAUUUUACAAUUGGAUGAAUUGCAAUUUUACUACAGUAAAGAUAGAAUCAUCUUCAACAACGUUGAUUGUAAUGCCAAUAUGUCAUCUAGAAUAUGUAUAGUUGGUGAAAAUGGUGCUGGAAAAACAACGUUAUUGAAAAUCUUACUGGGAGAAUUAUCUCCAACAAAGGGUAUACGACAUGUACACAGAAGUCUACGUAUAGGAUAUUUUAGUCAGCAUCACGUAGAUCAACUAGAAAUGGACCUGUCUUCAAUAGAGUUGUUGCAACAAAGAUUUCCUGGUCAAACAGUAGAACAGUACAGAGGUGCUUUAGGGCAGUAUGGAGUUAGUGGAGAGCUUGCCACAAGACCUGUAACUAGUCUUUCGGGAGGUCAGAAAAGCAGAGUGGCAUUUGCAGUCAUGAGUAUGACAAAUCCGAACUUCUUCAUACUUGAUGAGCCUACAAAUCAUUUAGAUAUGGAGACUAUAGAAGCUCUUGGCCAUGCUCUUAAAAAAUUUGCAGGAGGAGUUAUAUUGGUAUCUCACGACGAACGACUUAUACAGAUGGUGUGUCAAGAACUUUGGGUUGUAAGAGAUGGGAAAGUGAUUUCAUUAGAGGGCGGGUUCCCAGAAUAUAAACAGAUUGUCGAGGCCGAAUUGAAAGCACAGGGCUGUUGAUGAAAGCUUCAGUGUUAGGGACAUUUAUUCAGUUUUAUAGGGAAAAAAAACAACAGAAAAAUGAAACUGGUCUUUCAGAUAUUUUAUGCUUAGGAAUAACACCGUGUUUGUCAGUACAAAGUUUUGCUAAAUGAGGCAUAUUGUUAAAAACUGGUGAAAUAUUAUAUAUCAUUGAAGAAUAUUAUAGUGUAAAUUGACCAAACUUACAGGUCUUUUUUUUGAGGGGGAUUAUUUUUGAAAAAAAAGAUUGAACAAUAUUGGGAGAUCCCUUUAAGAAGAUAAACAAAUCAUGAUGUAUUGAUGUUUGCUUAUUAAAACUGCCGAAAUACUAGUCUUGCUUUUACUGAGAUGAACCCUCAUCGAUGUGGGUUCGAGCCUCACUCGGGGCGUUGAAUUCUUCACGUGAGGAAGCCAUCCAGCUGGCUUACGGAAGGUCGGUGGUUCUACCCAGGUGCCUGCUCGUGAUGAAAUAAUGCACGGAGGGGCACCAGGGGUCUUCCUCCACCAUUAAAGCUGGAAAAUCGCCAUAUGACCUAUCAUGUGUCGGUGCGACGUUAAAUCCAGAAAACAAAAUUUUACUGGGAUGAAACUAGAAAUAUGGUUGUAUGGAGUAUCAUUCAUCUGUUACAGAUUUAUCAUUUAAGUACAUGUAGAUCAUAGUUCAAGGUCGUUCUGAAGAAUAAGGUUCUGUUUACAUCAGACAGCUUUAAGAUAAUAAAUAUAUCACAGUUAAAUAAAAGGACACAGUAAAGAUAGUGACCUUGUAAUGACAUUCGGUUAUUUGCGUGUGGCUGCAUAAUCUCAGUAUCCUACUAUGGUAUUCUUUGACUGCUAAUGGACUUUAAUCAAGCCAGUUACGAAAUUUUGAAGUCAGAUAAAGAAUUGCAUAAUUGAAAAUCUCACAUUGUCAUUACUGUUCUACAACCUUAAGCUUUAAACUGCCUGAACUGUUUAGAAAAUUUUCAAGUGGAUAGUAACUGAAAAAAAAAAAAUAUUUAUUCCUGCCAGAAUGUUAUUGUUAUCUUCUUUCGUAAAUUUUGAUUUUUUUGAAAGCACCAAGGGCAACAAAAAUAUUUUGGGCAUAGGUCCAACUUCUUUCAGAGAAUUCAUGAUCUUUUUUUAGGUUGUGGGCAACAGCUGUGCUCAUAUUGAUAAUUUUUUAUUUGUUUCAUUAAUUUUAAAUUGGAUAUUUCCCAUAGCCAUAUGUUAAAGGUGUUUUUGUUUAAAACAGGUUUUAUUUCUUUAAUAUAUAACUUACAACAUGUUGCAUGUAGUUUGAUAAAACAAUAGUUCUUGAUGAAAUGAAACUUGAUAUUUACUAGUACCACAUUUAGAAACUGCCGCAGUCCACAUAAUUUGUUGUGUUAGAUUAAAAUCGUCUAAAAUCAUGUUUUUAUUGAAAGCUUAAAUGAGCCGUGCCAUGAGAAAGCCAACAUAGUGGGUUUGUGACCAGCAUGGAUCCGCAAGUCUGGUCAGGAUCCAUGCUGUUCGCUUUUAAAGCCUAUUGGAAUUGGAGAAACUGUUAGCGAACAGCAUGGAUCCUGACCAGACUGCACGGAUGCUAUGUUGGUUUUCUCAUGGCACAUCUCAAAUAUUUGUUUAAUAGAAGCUUUACCAUUUCACAACUAUUAUAAUAUCCAGUGAAAACUAUGGUUACUACUAUACUGUACUGUAGAAUGAAGUAUUUUCAGUAGAAAAAAUUGUUUUUCAAAUGAUUAAAAAUACAUAAGCGAGCAAAAAAUUUGAGAAAUCGUGGAAAGAUCUGUUGAUGAGUGUGCGUUUGAUACAAUACUUGUACCUAAAUCAUUUAAUGUAUUUUGUUUAAUUGAUGCCUUUAUCUGCAAUACUAGUGGACACAGCAGAAGUAGACUUUGUAUCAGCUUGUUAUAAACAUGGUCACUGUGUUCUGUUAAAUGAGCUGAAUUUUCAUUUUGCACUUGGGCUUGGAUAAAUGUUCUGGAAAUUAUAGUUAUCAUAAAACCUCUUGCACAAAUUUCUGAUUUUACAGUAAAGUCACUGCCCUGUGUUCUACCACAGGUGUCUGAAACUCAAUCAAUAAAAUAUAUAUAUGCAGGUUAGAUCUCUUGAAGAGAUCGUAGAUCUGUACUAUUUCAUAGUAUAUUAGGUGGGUGGGGUAUGGUAAUGUAUAUAUCUAUUGAUAGAGCUUCAAGCGCCUGUGGUUCUACUGAAUGCUAAAUGAUUGAUGAAAAUAUUUCAUGAACAUUUUAAAGACAUCAUCAGUUCAGUAGUUUAAUUGACUGCUGCCAAAUGACAGUCACACUUUCAUGCCAAAAAAAAAAUCUGCAUUUAAGAUUUUGAUACCUGUAGAUUUUUGGCAUUACCUGCUGGCGGCAAUAAUUCUGCCUUUGCGACCAGUGCAGACCAAGAUCAGCCUGCACAUCCGUGCAGUCUGAUCAUGGUCUGCACUGUUCGCUAUUCAGUUAGUAAAUUUUCAGUGAACACCCCUUCGAAUAAUAAAUGGUUUUGCCCAAACUGAAUGACGGAACAGUCCAUUUUAGAAAUUUAGCAGGCUAAGGGUUAAGGACAAAUAGUCUGUUGUUAUGUCAUUAUUAUAUUGAAAUCUUGCAGAUUUUAUUCAGGUCAGUACAUACUAAACUGCAUACACAGCUUUACUUAAAUAGUCUGUUUGUACAGUGUUGAACUAUGUUAGGAACACAACUUCUGUCUGUGAUUGAAGAGAACGCAGCCUGUAUAAGGAUUUGAUGUUUCUCAGUGGUUGAGGCAAAUUUAUGUAAAGAUUUGGGAUACAGUAUGACCUGUAUAAAAUGUUUCCCUACCUAGUAGAUGGUUUUUUUGCAGUCUGAUCAUGAUCUGCACUGUUCACCGUUCAGUCUGUAUCAUUUUGGUAUGCUUCCCUACUAACAGUUAAUGGUACUAUCCAGAUUGAAAAACGGACAAGUUUAUUAUAGGAAUUUAGCAGGGUAAGGGUUAAGACUGAAAUUAAGAUACAUUUGUAUAUCCUUUACCUUGUUGAAUCAUAAAAACAGAAACAGUCCUAGAAAACUGUCUUAAUUUAAAUGGUGGUAAAUACAUAGGCUGUCAUUGAUUAGCCUUCUACUCCACAGUUUUAAGAUUGAUCAUGAUGAUGUAACUUUCAGACUUAGCUGAACAGUGGAUUAUUCAUCAGGCUGAAAUUUCGUUUGCUUAAAUAUAACAUGAAUCUGUGAUGAAUAAAAAUAUUUUCGAAAGAGAAAACCUUUAA